ACAGCGAAAUGUUAUUUUUAACGAGCAGCUGAUGGGAAUGCCGCUAGAGAAAAGCGUUAUAUAUUGUGAAUAAUAUUCUGAAUUAGUUUUGUGAAAACAUGAGCCAAAAAGUAAUCAAAUAUAUUGGACGCACCACAGACUUCCGCGGCAGCACUCUGUGGGAGCUGGUAUCGACGCUACCCAAUUGGGGAGAAGGCCGCAUGGUCAUACGUAACAUGUUCCAACGGUACCCAGAACCCUGUUAUAUGCGGAUUUUGAAGGUGCAGGCAGAAGAUGCACAGGCUAAUGAAAUUCGCAAGGUGCGGGUAACUGUGGAAAAGACCUGGCGCGGCGUAACCCAACCAAAGCCUGUAGAGAUUUUCAGCACUAGCUACAAGGCUGACUACGAACUGGUGCCUGUGGAAGAAGAGUCCAAGUUCCUAAACAAUUCUAAGAAAGUGGCGCCAGUUGUCUUGCCUAAGCAUAUUGAGUUUCCUCCUCUGCUGAGGGAAUAUAUAAGAGAAGAAACUGGUGAGGCGAAUCCCAUGAUGAAAGUGCACUUUAAGAAAACUCACAACAAACAAGCACGUGUUGCUCAGCCUGGAGAAAAGCCAUCUAAGGAAGUUUCCAUGGAUUUGGGCCAGCCCGCAAAAGUUGCCUCUAAGCUCUAUGAGGGUUUAGUAUAAGAAUCGUUUCCUGUUCUUCUGUUUUUAAUAUAUACAAACAUAACUUAAGCAUGA